AUGUCCGACAGUCGCCAUGUGCAGCAGUGGCUGGUUGCUUACAUGGAGAACUACCAGAAGCCACCCGAGCAUGCCCAGCAGUUGUGUGCCUUUGCUCGACAUCGAGGUGCCCACCUCAUGUACAGAGUCGUGCGGGAUGCAAUGCGGGAUGCAACGUCUGAAAGUGCUCAAAGUAUGAAUGCUCGGAAUGAUAGCAGAGAGUUUGAUGGUGAUCCCGGGGGCCAGGGCCACGGUGAUGCGGCAACGAAAGGAGAUCGAGCAUCUUCGCCGGAUGCCGAUUGGAAGUCCGGGCUUCAUCCAAUUCCCGUGCUUCGCCGCCUCAGAAGCGAAAUCAAGGGCACAAACAGCGACAGAAGCAUCCGGAUGACCCUCAGGAGGGCUUCAUCUGUGCCAAGAUCGUACAGAGGAGAUUCCAGCGAGGGGCGUACCGCGGAAUGCCAGCCUCUUGUCGAGCCGCGUCUCAGUACCCACAUCUUGACCCAGACAUAUCAAGCGGUAGCGAAGCAGCUUCUUGCUCACGAAGCAGCAGUACGUGCAAGUGAGAGCAUAGAGAGAUUCGGCAAGAAUCUGAACCAUUCGCAUCCAGACCUAAUGGCACAGUCAACCACCUGCAUGAUCUGUUUCGAGAACACGGAAUGUGUUCGAAGUGCUGCCCAACUCUGCGUUGAUAGAGGCUGUGAGGGAUGGUUCUGCACCUGCUGCCUCGCGCAAUAUUUUGAGAACAUCAUUCAGGAGACUCCCUUUGCCGUACCGACCCUGCGCUGUCCGGGUUGUAAGGGUUUCGUGCCGCCCUCCUGCUGGCGGAAGUACGUCAAGGCGGAGACGCUGUUGAAGUGGCAGGGGAAUGCUGAAAAUUUGUUGUCCUUGCGGUGCGGAGCUUGUGACGAGCCAGGAUCUUUGCUGUUUCCUGGAACGCCAAGUGACUCCCGGGAAUGCCUGGCCAGGGAGGCCUUCGGCAGCCAAGCCCAAGACCCGACCGAAGCAGCGGAACUGGAGCAGAGCUGGUGUCAGUAUGAACGAGGAGAGAUGAGCGCAGGCAGUCUCCUUGACGUGCUGCUCACUACGUGGCAUCCCGGGUACCACGACCAGAUUGAUCAGAAUGAUGGGAAGGCGCCCGACAAGUUUUGGGACCGGUUCCAGGCUGCUGCAAACCUCAUCGAGGAUGCUGGACUCCGAGCAGUUUUGCAGCUAUCCGUGCUGAGGAGAUUUCCGAAGACAGCAACACUCUGCUGCAAUGAGCCGCACUGCUUCAAGUGCAAAGUAACGACCCACCAUGAAGGCACGAGCUGCGAGGAAAUGCAAGAGCAGCAGUCCGAGAUGGAAGAUGGAGUGCAGUUCUGUCCAAGCUGCGGUGUUGCGACCAUGAAGAGCGAAGGCUGCAAUCACAUGAUAUGUCUGUGUGGUGAGGACUGGACCUGGGAUGGACCCGAAGACUAA